AAACUUGUUAGGGAUUUUAGACGUGUUGCUACAAAUGAAAAAAUAUAAAGUUACUAAACUGUUUUAAUCCCAAUGGAAAAUCAGAAAUUUUAAACGAUCGCAUUAAAUGUGAUAAGAAAUGUCUUUGCUUGGCCUAUUUACGACGGUUAGGACUAAUAUAAGAUAUACGUACGCUGCUUGGACGGCAUAUAGGAAGUGCUCUUCCCAGUCAUCGGGCGCGAGCCAAACCGACUGCUACGAAGACGACAUCAAGGAAAAAAUUCUUGCCGCUUCCUUGCCCUUUGUAGUCGAACUGGGAUGGUCUCGGAGCGCGCUGGGCGCUGGCGCCCAAGCUGUGGGCUAUCCGGGAGUCACCCAUGGGCUGUUUCCUCGCGGAGGCGCCGACCUAGUCCUCUACUUCCAAAGAACUUCGAACUUGAAGUUAGUGGAAAUCCUCAAAGAGAUGGAAACCAAACAGCGCGAGUCGCCGAUGCCGCCAGCCGUUUUCGUCGAAAAGGCGCUCCAAAGCCGCCUCCAGAUGAUUAUUCCCUACCUUAGCCGGUGGCCGCAGGCGAUAGCCAUAAUGUCGCUGCCGCCGAAUGUGCCCAACGCUUUGGCGACGAUUUUGACUGCGGUCGAUGAUAUUUGUUACUACGCCGGUGACCGGUCGGUAGAUUUCAACUGGUAUGCCAGAAGAUUAGGGGUGGCUGGGGUGUAUAAAGCGACUGAAUUGUACCUGAUUCAAGACACUUCACCUGAGUAUGAAGCUACGUGGAAGUUCCUAAAUAGGAGGUUGGCUGAGGCGGUGCAAAUUCACGAAACUUUGUGCAAAAUGGAUUUGGGCAGUGCGGGGCCUAAGGACGCAGUCACGUCGGCUUUUGUAACGGCGAGGAAUAUUCUAGGGUUGAACUGGAGUAGGUAGUAUUUCAAUUUAGCUAAGUAAUUAAUUGUUCCAAUUAUUGUUGUUGGUAUCUGUGAGGUAGUUUUAUAUAAAAAUUACAACUCCAAGUUA